GUCAGAGACCGAACAAGCAUUUCCCUUACCAAGAUGGCGACGGCGCCGAGACGUAAUCAGCGCGCACCUCCGGGAGCUCAGCACGCAAGCCCCGCGGUGACAUCACGCAAGAGCGACCUGGCCGGCGCUGGGGGAAGGAGCCUGCUGAGGGAUGCCCAAGAAGUUCCAGGGCGAGAACACCAAGUCUGCAGCGGCCCGGGCACGGAGGGCUGAGGCCAAGGCGGCAGCUGAUGCCCGGAAGCAGAAGGAGCUGGAGGAUGCCUACUGGAAGGAUGAGGACAAACACGUCAUGAGGAAGGAGCAGCGGAAGGAGGAGAAGGAAAAGCGGCGCCUGGAGCAGCUGGAGCGAAAGAAGGAGACCCAGCGCCUGCUUGAGGAGGAGGAUUCGAAGCUCAAGGGCGGCAAGGCCCCCCGGGUGGCUGUGCCCAGCAAGGUCACCCGUGCCCAGAUUGAGGAGACGCUCCGUCGAGACCAUCAGCACAAGGAAACCCCGGAACCAGUCGAGAAAGCCAAGAGCCACUUGGAGGUGCCGCUGGAGGAAAAUGUGAACCGUCGCGUGCUGGAAGAGGGCAGCAUCGAGGCGCGCACCAUCGAGGAUGCCAUCGCCGUGCUUAGUGUAGCAGAGGAGGCUGGAGACAGGCACCCUGAGCGACGCAUGCGGGCAGCCUUCACCGCAUUUGAAGAGGCACAGCUGCCGCGGCUCAAGCAAGAGAAUCCCAACAUGCGGCUGUCACAGCUGAAGCAGCUACUCAAGAAAGAGUGGCUACGCUCACCAGACAACCCCAUGAAUCAGAGAGCUGUGCCCUUCAACACUCCCAAGUGAGCCCAAACUGGGGGAGCCACGCCAUGGUCGGUCAGGGUCGUGACCCCGUACCCCCUCGGGUCAGCUCCGAGGGUUACAGAGAGGUCCAGGAGCUUGGGCACGUGUCCUGGGGGCUAAGCGUCAUCAUUGGCCAUGCCUCCUGCCCAGGGCCCCUUCUAUGAGUGACACCACCCCUUUCCCCUGUGCAGUCCUGGGCUUAGUGCCCAAUAAAGGCAGUCGGUGAGACAGAG